CAAUUAUCCUUGGAACAUUAAGCAUCAUCUUCAUUACUUUAUUAUAAACUCUUUCACCGGGCACCUCUCAUCCUGCAGAUGUUUUCCCACAUUUUUUCCAGCAUCUCCUGUCCAUGAAGAGUUCCUGUCUCUCCCUGUCGUUCAUCCGCUCUCCUCUACUGUUUUCUACUGCUCUCCUCUCUACUGUUUUCUUAACAUCUUCUCUCCAUCUUUUUCCAGUCUUCCCGCAAGCCUACCUCCUCGUGGUGGUUAUGCCAGUGCCUGCUGUGGUAGUCUUUCGUCCUCCUCCUCUUCCUCCAUCCUCUUCACGUGUCCAUACUAUUUUAAUUCGUUUCUCUCCACUAUUUUCAUCAUGGCCGCUAUUCACAGUUACUCUUGUUCCCAUUUAACUUUGUUUUUAUUUCAAACCAUUCUGUGUCGUCGUUUGGCUUUACUUUCACACUUAAUUAAUUGCAGACUAAAUAAGCUGAUAACUUUUACACCCAUGCGAAAUGAAUGGUCAGUUUAUGAAGUGAGCGGGUGCUGUUGGUAAGGUGUGUUGUCUCAGUCAGAGAGUGGCUGCAGUGCUCUGUGUUGUCUCAGCCAGAGGGCUGCUGCAGUGUCCUGGUAAGGUGUGUUGUCUCAGCCAGAGAGUGGCUGUAGUGUGUUGGUAAUCUGUGUUGUCUCAGCCAGAUAGCCGCUGCAGUGUGUUGGCCCCCGUGGUGCUGUGGGAGCUUGGUGGUAUACAUGUAUUUAUACAAGGUACGUAUUUAUACAAGGUGUGUUGUUCGCAGUUCACGGAGCUUCGGAAGGGGCAGAAUUUCCGGCCCGUGCUGCUGUGGGAGCUUGGUGGUAUACACGUAUAUAUAUAAGGUGUUGUCCUCAGUUCACGGAGCUGCGGAAGGGGCAGAAUCUCCGGCCCGUGGUGCUGGUGCUGAGCUUCUUCGUGCUGCGGGAGCUUGGUGGCCGAAGCUGCAUCAUGAUGUACACGGUGUACAUUUUUCGUGACGCUGGGGUGGAGCUGGACGCCUUCACGUGCACCGUGCUCGUGGGCGCGGCUCGGCUGGUGUGUACGUGCGUGACCGCCGGCAUUCUGGACCACGUGGGGCGGCGGCCGCUGCUCAUCAGCACCGCCGUGGUGGCCGCGGUGUCCCAGAGUGUGUGCGGGCUGUUCCUCUUCCUGCAGCUGCCGGGGGCGUCCCUGGUGCCGCUCGUCGCCGUGCUGGUGUACAUUGCCGCGUACGGCACGGGCGUGGGGCCCAUCCCGUGGGUGUACGUGGGGGAGCUGGUGCCCUCCCCCGUCAGGUCCCUCGGUGCCUCCAUCAUCACGGCGUGCGACGCGCUCGUCGUCUUCAGUAUUAACUUGGCUUUCUUGAAACUCAUUGGCUACACUGGUCUGGGUAUAACAUUUUUAGCAUUUGGGGGACUGAAUUUAGUCAUUGCUCUUAUUGUUUGCAUAUGGAUCCCAGAAUCUCGAGGCGUCUCCCUCCAGGAGAUGGAGGAUGCCUUCGCCAAGAAACAUUCUCCAGAUGAUCUCAAAGAACCCCUCGCGAACAAACACUCUCCAGAUGAUCUCAAAGAACCCCUCGCGAACAAACACUCUCCAGAUGAUCUCAAAGAACCCCUCGCGAACAAACACUCUCCAGAUGAUCUCAAAGAACCCCUCGCUAAUAAAAAUGACUCUCCAGAUGAUCUCAAAGGCCCAAUUAGAGUGUAAGGAACAAAACAAACGGAUGUUUAGCAAGGUGAACUAAAGUCAGGGUCAUGAGGAAGUGAGUGGAGUAGGAUAUUGUGUCACUGUGUUGACGCUUCUCUAAUCUGUAUUUUGAACAAACACCUUGAAAUUUGAUAGGGAUUGUUUUAGGGACUAUAGAGAUGAAUAGUCAGGUUAUCUGAGGAGCUUCUCCCAUUGGUGAUGCUAAAUCCUGGAAAACUAACAACGAAAACAUCCUUCAAAUCCCGAAUCGACUCUUGUUAGGUGAUCGAGAGUCCAGACAGGCGGCAAAACAUAAAAAUUUAGCUGACUCUUAACUUGUGAGUGAAAAAUUAAACUUGAAUAUCAGAAGGACUGACGUAAAGGCGUGCCCAGAAUGAAUCAUUUAGUCAGUCUGUCAGUCGUUCAGAAUUUCAACCAUCGUCAGUCAGUCUCAGUUACGAAUUCAGUCAGUCAGUUGUUUAAAAUGUGUCAGCCAGCCAGCCAGCCACUACUUACACUCGUCGCUCUGUAUGUGUGGAGGUGAAGGGCGUUACGUCUUUCCUUGUGAUAAUGCAGCUGUGGUAAUAAAAGGUGGCUUACGUGUUAUACUUUAGUUGGCAGUAGUCUCUCUUUAUAAUGCAUGUAUGUGCGCGCGUGUUUGUGUGAGUCUGCGUGUGCGAGCGAGCGUUUGUGUGAAUGCGUGUACCGCUUACAUGUAAAAUAAAAGUAAUGAAAUAA